UUCUCUGAGAUCUGCCCGUUGCAUAGCCAUACGUAUUAGAUGACUUUGGGACCUGCUUUCCAACGACCAUGAAGGGAUUAUCCAGCAGCCGUAGUCAUCAUCAUGGGGUUGCCUGUGACCCACAGUGUGACAGCCUGCCACAUCACCCAGACAGGAAGCCAUAUUUGUUAAAUCCAGUGGACCCUCACCCAGCAGAUCACCCUUACUACACUCAAAGGAACUCUUUCCAGGCAGAAUGCAUGGUGCCCUACAGCGAUCAGAUUGCCAGCAGCACUUUUCCUCGGAGACAUUACAAUUCUCACCACGAACUUAAGGACGAGUGUGCUCUCGUUCUUUUGGACCAGUUUGAGCGACAGUUGCCUCUGAAUCGCGAUGGCUACCAUACGCUGCAGUACAAGCGGACUGCCUUGGAGCACCGCAGUGACAGCCCAGGGAGGAUCCGGCAUUUGGUCCAUUCUGUCCAAAAGCUCUUUACCAAGUCCCAUUCACUUGAGGGACCCUCCAAGGGGAGCGUCAAUGGGGGCAAAGCGAGCCCGGAGGAGUCACAGACAAUGAGGUAUGGGAAGCGCAGCAAGAGUAAAGAAAGGCGAUCAGAAGGUAAGCCCAGAUCCAAUGCCUCAGGAUGGUGGAGUUCAGAUGACAACCUGGACAACGAUGUUUGCAUUUAUCAUGGCCCCAGUGGGGUCAUGACCAUGGGAAGGUGCCCUGAUCGUUCUUCUUCCCAGUACUUUAUGGAAGCCUAUAACACUAUUAGUGAACAUACUGUGAAGUCAUCCAGAAGCAAUAAUGAUGUCAAAUGCUCUACCUGUGCAAACCUGCCUGUAAAUCUGGACUCCCAGUUAAUGAAGAAAAGCUCUUGGUCCUCUACACUAACCGUGAGCAGAGCCCGCGAAGUUUACCAGAAAGCAUCAGUUAACAUGGACCAGACAGUUGUGAAGGCAGAGACAUGUCAACAGGAACGGUCAUGUCAGUACCUUCAGGUUCCUCAAGAUGAAUGGACUGGGUACACUCCACGAGGGAAAGAUGAUGAGAUUCCCUGCCGGCGAAUGCGUAGUGGCAGUUAUAUUAAAGCCAUGGGGGAUGAUGACAGUGGAGACUCAGACACAAGUCCGAAGCCAUCUCCAAAGAUUGCAGCACGAAGAGAGAGCUAUCUCAAGGCCACCCAGCCAUCCCUUACAGAGCUCACCACCCUCAAGAUAUCCAGCGAACACUCACCAAAGCUUCAGAUCCGGAGCCACAGCUACUUGCGGGCAGUGAGUGAAGUCUCCAUCAACAGGAGUCUGGACAGCCUGGACCCUGCUGGACUGCUGACGUCCCCCAAAUUUCGCUCCCGGAACGAGAGCUACAUGAGGGCCAUGAGCACCAUUAGUCAGGUGAGCGAGAUGGAGGUGAAUGGUCAGUUUGAGUCCGUUUGCGAGUCAGUGUUCAGCGAACUGGAGUCUCAGGCCGUGGAGGCCCUGGAUCUGCCAAUGCCCGGCUGCUUCCGCAUGCGGAGCCACAGCUACGUGAGAGCCAUCGAGAAGGGCUGUUCACAGGACGACGAGUGCAUAUCACUGCGCUCCUCAUCUCCCCCACGAACAACCACGACUGUGAGGACCAUCCAGAGCAGCACCG